AUGCAGGUGUUUGCCCAGAGAGAUUGGUUUGGAACAGGUCCUCCUCUCGCCUCUCGCCUUCACAGAUGCAUGCCUCAGCGCUGCACUUGGAAGCACACGCUGUCGAAGCACAUCAACACGUCAAGCAUGAGGCUCACGGAACACUGCGCCAUCAACACGGCCCCUCUGCUCCAACGGCGGCUGCUGCGAACGCUACUGAAGGGCUUUGAUAUUCGCCAUCACCUGCUCCAAACUAAGGAGUUUUUGUGA